AUGGCAAAGUUGCGGGCAAGAGGUAUCAUAGGACUUCUGAUUGGUCUUCUGUUGCCUCAACGCUAUGUUGAACUGGAGGUGUGGCCCCGGUCCGAGGAGUACCCCAACUGGAACCAGCCUCUGAUCCACAUACGCUCCAACGAUCCUGGCAGCUGGCUCCACUGGUACAGGAGACUCAAUGACUUCCUUAAAGAAUACGAGACCACUGUCCCCGAAGACCCGCCCCGCGCGCCUUGCUCCGUCUACAACCGUCUUGAUCCGCACAGUCGUUCAGACCCUUGUGACAUAGCCAUGAGAAUAUGGGGGCCGUGCUCUGCCGACAAUUUCUAUGGUUACGUAGAGGGAAAGCCUUGCGUGUUUCUUCGGCUGGCUUAUCUCCACUACUGGGUGCCUCAUCCUUACAACAUGAGUACGUCCCUGCCUAUACCUGCAGAUAUGCCUAACCACAUUAAACAAGCUAUGCGUUUCUACGACACUCGUCAAUACGGCGAUUACAUAUGGGUGGCCUGCGAGGGGGAGUUUGCCGCAGACAAAGAGAACAUAGGCCCCAUUCAGUACAUCCCAGCAGAUCUUCCACCAGGAUUCAAAACCUCUCGUCUACAUACCGCGGACCACAUACCUUACGCCACCAGAAACUUACCUGACCACGUUCCUGGGCCUCUGAUUGCUGUGUAUUUCGAGAAUCCACGACGUGGCCUUGUAAUCAAUGUAGAAUGCCGUAUCUGGACCCGGGAUAUUUACUACGAUCGCAAUAGCAACGUAGGACGAGCUCGUUUUGAAUUGUACAUCGACUAA